AAACAUGAGAUGAGAAAAGAGCGAUCGUGCUGAGAGGAAAUAAAAAAUUUACAGAGACAUGGCGAGAUUCUCAGUUGGCGGAGAAGCAGAUGAGGGGCCAAGCAGUCCAAGGCGAAAGAGACAGAAGAACCGUGAUUCUUCUGAACAACCGUCCUGGCAUGAUACAGAAGAUGAAAAUGUUGAAAUAGUAGAGGAGGACGAUGAGCUAUUAGAGGAGGAAAAUGACCAAAGUGAAGAACAACAACAAGAACGAGUUGAGGAACAUGAUUUGGACGAGGAAGAGGAAGGAGAAGAAGAUGACAUCUUGCUCACACCGAUCGUCCUACCUAGAUCAUCUAAUCGUCCUUCACCAGUCCGAAGCAGAAAUGGGGCGAUUUGCGUGACCCUAACAGACACAGAGGUGCUUGAUUGUCCCAUCUGCUACGAUUCGUUGACCAUUCCCGUCUUUCAGUGUGAAAAUGGGCAUACAGCUUGCUCUUCCUGCUGCAAAAAAAUUGCAAAUAAAUGUCCUUCCUGCUCUUUGCCGAUUGGAUAUAAUCGAUGUCGGGCCAUUGAGAAGGUUCUUGAAUCAGUUAAACUACCAUGCCAAAAUCUGAUGUAUGGGUGUGGAGAAAUGGUUUUAUACAGCAAGAAAUUUGACCACGAUAAGACCUGCACCCAUGCACCCUGUUCAUGCCCCCUAUCAGGUUGCAAUUUUAUUGGCUCAUCGAGACUGUUGUACCAGCAUGUUACCCGUAAACACAAGGGUUCUGCUACACGCUUCCAAUAUGGUAACACCUUUCCUGUAUUCUUCACUAUUAAUGAUAAAUCUCUUCUUCUUCAAGAAGAGAAAGGUGUUUUAUUUGUCCUCAGCAAUAAAGCUGAAAUCCUUGGAAAUGUGAUCACUCUUAGUUGUAUAGCUCCCUCGUCAUCAGAUGGGGAAUACUUUUAUGAGCUCACGGCAAAAAUGGAGGGAAGUAGUCUUAAAUUUCAGUCUUUUACAAAGAACAUUCAGAAGGUUAAUGAUGAGGAUAUUCAUGCGGAGGAAUUCCUUGUUGUUCCAAAUGUUUACUUUGGUUCUUAUGGGCAGAUCAGCCUGGACCUCAUCAUAAGGCGUUGUGAUGGGUAUCCUGCAAAUGUUCAGAGAAGAACCAGAGCAAAUGCUCAAAGUAUCAGUACAAACAUACAGAGAAGCACUGGUGCAAAUACGCAAAGAAGUACAGGUGGUGUUUAAUAUGAUCGUUAAUUUUGUUCCUUAGUAUAUGCCCUUCACAUUGGCUUAUGUUGAUGUUGGGUUACUCUUGUGCAGAUGCUUUGAAUUUGUAAUGGUUUCUCUAUUUUGCUCAA